AUGACCGGGACACACAUCACGCAAUUUAACCUUGGACUCGACAGCUCCUGCGUCUUUCUCCCUGCAGAACGAGAUGCAGAUCAUUCUAGUUGCGUCACGGGGACCCUCCAAUUCCAUCUCUCCCAGCCUAUCUGGGUCAAAGGCAUCAAGGUAGCGCUCCGAGGAAACCUCAGACUACCUCGUGGUGAAUUCUCAAUCUGGGAACCAUUCCACGAAGCAGUCACUCUCCAACUUCAACAUCAAUUGGCCGCAUCCAGAACCCUCAGCUCAUUUCGCCUGCCGGCAGGAAAAUACCAAUUCCCAUUCGAGAUUCCCGUCAGCAAGUACGGGCUGGAGACUCUUACCGGUCCUAGCCAUGAAUACCACACUUAUCAAGUCGAUGGGAUUAUCGAACGAAAGUUCAGCAAAGAUGCCAUUGUGUCACAGCCCGUCCGGAUAUACAGGUCGUUUGAUUUGGAAGAGAUGGAAAGAUGGCAGUAUUCUUCUCCUUGCUCGAUUGAAAAACAAUGGGAUGGAAAAAUCCAGUAUAGCGUCACGAUUCCCGAUCAGAACAUGCCGUUUGGCUCGACAUUUCCAGUUGAAUUCUGGUUUGCGCCCUUGACAAAAGGACUGAAGAUUGAACGAAUCCGAAUCCAAAUCAUCGAGCGACACGAACUCAAGAUCAUUCCCACGGCAGCCGAGGCGGUACAAUAUAACCUGCGCUUCUUCAAGUCGAACAAGAAACAUACCGUUCUGAGUGGAGCAUAUUACUACGACGAUUCAACCGCAGAUGCGCAGCCGUUGGAGGAUGAACUGUGUACGAUCAAGUCGAUCCGGCUGCCGCAGCGACUGCACGAAUGCACGCAGAAUAUGGAUUCUGGGAUGAUCAAGAUCGAUCAUGAAUUGAUCUUUUCGGUGGAGCUGCGAAACGCAGAUGGUCAUUUAUCAAUGAUCAGCGGAGUGAUGCCGAUAUACAUCCACAUGUCGCCGACCGUCAUCACCAAAGACGGCGCUGUCCACGGCAAAGAUCUGCAGCAGCUGCAGAUCGACCAGAAUCCCCCGCCGUUGUAUGGCGAUCAUCUCAAAGACUCGAUGCUUGUGGAGUUGUCCAACAUCUGCAGUCAAAUGGGACUGGAAGAUGCAGGCAAUGUGCCGGAUUACGAGACAGCGAUUCGAACGGUGGCAGUGGAACAUUGA